UCUUGCCGAGCAUUGUUGGCGUGUUUGGAUGAUCCAGGUUCUGUUUGAGCGUUCAGAGUGGACUUUUCUCAUCCUUCUUCGACUCUUGGAUGUUUGUCAAAUGUCCGGCUUUCAGGCUCUUUCAGUUUUUCCCGAAGAGGUCCAGCAACUGUCAGUGAAUAAAGAGGGGGCAUGCCCUGAGCAGCAGGAGAGGAGCGAGCAUCUGAAAAUUAAAGAUGAACCUGAGGAACUGUGGAGCAAUCAAGAGAGAGAUCAGCUUCAAGGGCAAGAGGAGGAUGAUGUCAAGUUCACUUUUGUUCCUGUCCCUGUGAAGAGUGAAGAUGAUGAAGAGGAGCCUCAGUCUUCACAGCUUUAUCAAAACCAAUCCAAAGAGUCAACCAGGUACUUUGAUCCAGAGAGAGAUUUACAACAACAUUCUGAGGUCAAGACUGAAGACUCUUCUGAUCCAGAGACUGAUGACAGCACUGAUUGGAGGGAGCUGACAGAACACCAGUCAGGUUUAAAGCCAGUGGAACAAAGCACAAGAAAGAUAGGAAAGAAUAGAAAGAAAUUGUAUAUCUGCUCAGUGUGUGGAAAAAAAUUUAAGGAUGGAACGGCUUUGACUAGACACAUGGUUGUUCAUACCAAAGAAAAACCCUUCAGCUGCUCUGUAUGUGGUCAGAGAUUCACCCAAAAAGGAGAUUUAACUCGUCACAUAAGAAUUCACACAGGUGAGAAACCAUUUGUCUGCUCUCUGUGUGGUCAGAGAUUUACCCAAAAAGGAGAUUUAACUCGUCACAUGAGAAUUCACACAGGUGAGAAACCAUUUGCCUGCUCUCUGUGUGGUCACAGAUUUACUAGAAAAGGCAUUUUAACUCGUCAUAUGAGAAUUCACACAGGAGAGAAACCAUUUGUCUGCUCUGAAUGUGGUCAGAGAUUUUCCAGAAAAGGAGAUUUAACUGCUCACCUGAGAUUUCACACAGGAGAGAAACCCUUUGGCUGCAAUUUGUGUGGUCAGAGAUUUACACGAAAUGGAGCUUUAACUAGUCACAUGAGAUUUCACACAGGAGAGAAACCAUUUGUCUGCUCUGAGUGUGGCAAAAAAUAUACCAAUCAAGCAGCUUUGACCAGACAUAUGCUAAUUCAUAUCAGAGAAAACCCCUUCAGCCACUCUCAAUGUGGUGAGAGAUUUCCCAGUAAAGGCAGUAUGAUGAGACAAAUGAAAUCUGACUCAAGAGUAAAACCCUGUGUAUGCUCUGACUGUGGUCAGAAAUUUGCCGAAAAAAAAGGUUUAACUGUUCACAUGAGAAUUCACACAGGUGAGAAACCAUAUGUCUGCUCUGAAUGUGGCAAAACAUUUAACCAUCAAGUAAGUUUGAACAGACAUAUGACUAUUCAUACCAGAGGAAACCCCAUCAGCCACUCACAACAUGGCAAGACUUUUACCCAAAAAGGAAGUGAGACUGAACACCUAAAAAAUCAUGAAGCAGCAUCAGCAGGAUUAUCUUGUAGUGAAGAUCCAGGUUUCAGUUCCUGAUGACUCCCUUUGGGGUGUCCUGUCCUGCAUGGGCGUCAUUAAAAUUGAUCAAAAGUUGGAGCUGGAAUUCUCCAUAUGAAAUGUUUCACUUUUUAUGCUGUUGAUUUCAGAAUGUUUUUAACUUUUUUUCUGUCAGAAACAAUUCUUGUUAAAAGCUUUUGGAUCAAAAAAUGGAACUGCAUUUUUAAAAUAAAAAAACACC